ACGAACAUGGAGAAGAAGGAAGAAAACAGAGAGAAAAAUACUCAAAAUAACGAAUCAGCUAAGGAAAGCAGCAGUACGGAAGAGCUUCUUCCAAUGGAGGAUAGUCCCUACGUGAAAUAUAAGGAUUUGGAAGACUAUAAGCGUAAGGGUUAUGGCACUGAAGGCCAUCAAGAACCCAAGCCAGGUCGUGGAGCUGGCGCCACUGAUGCACCCACUCCCUCAGGUGCUGCUGUUUCUUCCGAGGCCGAGCUCUCAGCCACUGAAGCCGUAAAUCGCCAGGGAGUGCCUUAAAAGCAGUAUCUAUAGAUUUUCUUUGUACAAUUACUAAGAGAUAUAGUUUUCAUUCUCAACAGUGAUUACUUCAGUCGUGUUGGGUUUAAGUGCUUAAAAUUAAUACUUUAAUGUGGUUUUGUGUGUCUCGUGUUCGCUACAUAUAUAUGAUUUAACAUUAUAACAUCAGUUAAAA